CCUGUCAAUGUCAUUGGAUUCCCAAAUCCAAAAUAUCCUUGUUCAUAUUGUUAUCCUCUCUGAGUAUGUAUACUGUGGUUCUGGUUGCGUCUCCUUGUCGUACUAGAAAUAACUCUGUUUAUAUUUAAGCGUAGUAGUUAUAUGGCGGUUAUGUACUCAAUUAUCUGGAUUUACAAUAUGUCACAUGGUGCAUAAUAUAUUUUAGUAAACAAUAAAAUAUUUUGUUGUGUCUAUUUUAUAUAUGCAUAUUACUAAAGGUAAUAUGAUUCUAUGUUAAAAACAUAGCACUGUUUCGAGUGAUAUUACUGUAUUGCUACCAAAAUAAAAUAUGUCGCCGGAACCUUACACAUGUGCUCUUGAUCCUAUAACUGAAACAAGAAUCAAGAUAUACCUUAUGAGAGACGUCAAGAAUGUGGAAAUGAUCAGAAGCAACGUUAUUAACGGUAGCUGGAAAUGUGCAGUUAUAAAACCGAGCUUAAUAUUAGACAUUCUUCAAGUUGUCGUAGCCGCGAACCGGGCAGUGUUGUCAGAAAGAUCAAAUACAAUGGUUACAAAGACUGUUUAUUCAGAAAUCUUGUAUAAUUUAUCCCUAACUAAAAAUAUCUCACAAAGCCUAAGUAAAUUUGGUGUUGAUAAGGACAAUAGCAUACUUGUCUGUUUUUUAGUUAAUGAAACUGAUGAAAGUGAACACAUUAUAAAUGGAAUAGAAGGAGAGCUAUGUCCUUUGAGUGAAUUAAAUAAAUUUACUAAUGUAAAGGAUGUAAAAAGUGUUUAUAAAUUAAACAAUUUGAAAUCAGAUGCUGACUUGCUAGAUGUUAUUGUAAGCAGAAUGGUUACUAAGAGUUUUGUUACCCAUUAAAUUUUUUGAAUAUAUCAAAUGUCUUUGAAAUUUUAUGAUAUAUUUUCUUCUCAUAGUUUAGUACUGUUAAUAAAACAAAGAUUCUUUGUUUAAUUAUUGGUUUGAAUACUCCUAAAAUGUUCUGUUGGAUAUUUCUCUUUUAAUUUCAAUCACAAACAUACAGGUUGUUGAAGGUAUAGUGCUUAUAAAUGGAGAAUCUUAUAAAUUUGCUUCCAAAUUUCGUUUUUUGUAGUGAAAACACUUAAUGAAUAAAAGUCUAAGGAUUGGAUCAGUAGUGAUGGGAAUGUAAAUAAAAUAAACAUAUA